UAGAGUGCCAAAAAAAAAGUGCUGAAGAGUCCCAGGGAGAUGAGGCUAUUUUUGUUUGAAGCUGAUACUUCUAGCUGAGCCACAAGUACUGCUUGGAAAGGGCUGAGGUUGUUUCCAGGGGGAGAACUCUGCAGAGAAGAGGCAAAGUUCAACAGGACCACAAAAAGCAGCAGAAACAGCCAGGAAAAGGAAGAGCCCUCACGUUGUUAACCCUCGUCCAGAGUAGUUAACCCUCUACCAGAGUUCUCCAAGCCGAAGGUAUUCUGACAAGUGCCACUUGACUGGAACUUUUCACCUGACUGAUUUCUGCUUCCACCAUGACUGAGAUCACCGCAGAAGGAAACGCAUCUACAACCACAACUGUGAUAGACAACAAGAAUGGAUCUGUGCCCAAGUCCCCUGGAAAGGUGCUGAAGAGGACUGUCACCGAAGACAUUGUGACAACAUUCAGCUCCCCUGCAGCCUGGCUUCUGGUCAUCGCUCUGAUAAUCACAUGGUCUGCUGUUGCUAUCGUUAUGUUUGAUUUAGUGGAUUACAAAAACUUUUCAGCAAGCUCCAUUGCCAAGAUAGGUUCAGAUCCUCUAAAACUGGUGAAUGACGCUGUGGAAGAAACCACUGACUGGAUCUAUGGCUUUUUUUCUUUGCUGUCUGACAUCAUCUCAGCUGAUGGCGAUGAAGAAGAUGAGGAUACGGAUGAGGACAUUGAUAAAGGAGAAAUAGAAGAACCUCCUUUGAAAAGAAAAGAGAUACACAAAGAAAAGGCUGAAAAGCAGGAGAAACCUGAGAAGAAAAUACAAACUAAAGCUUCACACAGAGAAAAGGAAAAAGGAAAAGAAAAACUAAAAGAAGGCGAAAAACCUGAAAAGAAAGCCACUCACAAAGAGAAACUUGAGAAAAGAGAAAAAGCAGAGACAAAGACAACAGCAAAAGAAGAGAAGAAAGUUAAGACUAAGGAAAAGACUGAAGAAAAGGCGAAGAAGGAGAUGAAAGCUGGGAAACAGGAGAGAGGGAAAGCUACAGCUGCAAAAGCAAAGGAAACUCCGAAACCACCACCAAAAGCCAGAGAGAGCGAUGACAAAGAGACUGCAGCUGUGCCCAAGCAUGAACAGAAAGAUCAGUAUGCAUUCUGUCGAUAUAUGAUUGACAUGUUUGUCCAUGGGGAUAUAAAACCAGGACAAAGCCCAGCCAUUCUGCCACCAUCCGUUACAGCACCAGCUUCCGGACCUGCUCUGUCAAAACCUGCUCUUGAAGAAAAAGCAAAAGAGGAGGAGAAGAAGAAAGCAGAGAAGAAAGUUACUUCUGAAACAAAAAAGAAAGAAAAAGGAGAACCAAAAAAGAAAGCUGAGAAGGAAACUACCACUGAUGUGAAGAGCAAAGAGCCGGGAAAAUCUCCUGAAGCCAAACAAAUAACUGCAAAAGUCACCGCACAAGCCUCAGCCAGAAAGGAUGAGAAGAAAGAAGAUUCCAAGAAAACGAAAAAAACUCCAGAAGAGCAACCCAAGGGAAAAAAACAGGAAAAGAAAGAAAAGCACAUAGAACCAGCAAAAUCACCAAAAAAGGAACAUCCAGCUCCAAGUGAAAAGCAUGGAAAAGCAAAAGCUGAACGAGGCAAAGAAGAGAUUGCUGCUGCUUCAACCAAAAAGGCCUUGCACGGAAGGAAAGAAGAGAAAGCCAAGACAGUGGAGCAAGGUAAAAAAAAAAGUGAAGCAGUUUGACAUUGUCUUCUUUAGAAAGAAAACAGCCUGAGGAGGAAAACACUGGAUUCAGACAGGCGGAAGACAAUAACCUUUCCAUCUUUUCCUACAUAGCAAUGUCCUUGCAUGUUUUGUGGACAGGGAGGAUGUGAGGUGACUAUCUGGCCUUGUCUUUCCUUUGUUUACAAAGCUUUGGGUAUAAAUCCAGAAUGGGAAAUCUGUACAGACGGCUUCCUUACAUCAGCAGAGACGCUGAAGUCUGUUGAUAUUGAGAAGAUGAGGUAGUAACAGGUAGACAGUUUUUUUUUCCCAUUUGGUCUUUUGGUUUCCACACCACCUCACAGAUCAUAGUCCAAAGGAUAAACAUGAGUCAGUCCUAUUUAUGAAAAAAAAAUAAUUUAUAUUACUUUAAGAGAACGUGUUAUGUUCAGACACUGGGGCAAGUGACAGCAAAAAUUAUUAUAGUUUAUGUGAUGACUUUGCUUGUUGAUGGACCCAAAAAGCCUGAAAUUUAAUGCUGUCAUAGAGUCAUGAAGUGCAUAUAUAUUGUUUAUA